AUGUACUGCAUCAGUGUGCAUGCCACAACUGUAAUAUGCGAGUUGGGUUUCAUGUCAUCAGGGUCACUGCAGCAGUAUGACUCACUCGUGUCAAUGCGUGGCAAUCUGCAUUCCUGCCGGCUGUGCCCCUAUGUGACCGCAAUAAAGUCAAACAUGCAAGCACAUCUGCGCAUACAUACUGGCGAGCGCCCCUUCAAGUGCCACUUCUGCCCUGAGGCAUUCACUUGUCUUUCCAACUUAAAGCGACAUGAACGCACACACACUGGCGAGCGCCCCUACAAGUGCCACCUCUGCCCUGAGGCAUUCAUUCAUGGUACCAGCUUCAAGCGGCAUGUCUGCACCCACACAGGCGAGCGCCCAUUCAAGUGUCCCUACUGCCCGAGUGCAUUCUGCGAAAGUUCCACCCUGAAGCAGCAUGUGCUCACGCAUACAAAAGAGUGCCCCUACCAGUGCCACCUGUGCCCACAAGCAUUCAGUAAGAAGUCCAAUCUGACUCGCCAUGUACGCAGCCACACACGAGAGCGUUUCAUGUCAUCAGGGUCACUGCAGCAGUAUGACUCACUCGUGUCAAUGCAUGGCAAUCUGCAUUCCUGCCGGCUGUGCCCCUAUGUGACCGCAAUAAAGUCAAGCAUGCAAGCACAUCUGCGCAUACAUACUGGCGAGCGCCCCUUCAAGUGCCACUUCUGCCCUGAGGCAUUCACUUGUCUUUCCAACUUAAAACGACAUGAACGCACACACACUGGCGAGCGCCUCUACAAGUGCCACCUCUGCCCUGAGGCAUUCAUUGAUGGUACCAGCUUCAAGCGGCAUGUCUGCACCCACACAGGCGAGCGCCCAUUCAAGUGUCGCUUUUGCCCGAGCACAUUCUAUGACAGUUCCACCGUGAACCAGCAUGUCCACACCCACUCAGGCGAGCGCCCUUUCAAGUGCCGUUUCUGCCCAGGCAAAUUCGCUCACCGUACCACUCUGAACCAGCAUGUCCGCACCCACACAGGCGAACGCCCAUUCAAGUGUCCCUACUGCCCGAGCGCAUUCUGCGACAGUUCCACCCUGAAGCAGCAUGUGCGCACGCAUACAAAAGAGUGCCCCUACCAGUGCCACCUGUGCCCACAAGCAUUCACUCAGAAGUCCAAUCUGACACGCCAUGUACGCAGCCACACACGAGAGCGUUCUUUUUCCUGAACCCACCGCAGCGCCUCGUUUUCGUGGCAUCAGAAACUCUAUA